UAAAUUAAACACAUUGAAUUUUGCAAUAAUAAUGCUGUAAUGAAUUUCACUCUUUUUUUUUUUUUUUUUUUUUACAUUCUAUGUCUAAAAAAAAUCCUCAAAACUAAACUAAAACUAAAAAAGGUUCUUUGCAGAUAAUAUAGUUUAAUAAUAUGUAUAUAGUACAGUACAUAUAAAUGUACAGGCUAUUUCACUGUUUUACACAAAGCAGUACUCAAAUACUGAACACUUAAAAUCAGACCUUACAACGUGGAAUGUCCUUUAUAACCCAGAUCAAGUGUAAUUUACUCAGUGGCAAACAACCUUUGACCGUCAAUAAUAAGCCGAUAAGAACCAGUGUAAAGCUAGUUUUGAAACCUACAAGUCAAUAAAUUGAGAUUAAUUUAAAAAUUAUCUCUUGAUAAGAAACUCCUCCCAAACCCAAUUAGAAGCUAUAAUACAAAGCUGAGCCCUUCCACCACAGAGAAGGAUACCUCAUCACCUCUCUUCAGCAUGGCCAAAAUUCAGCACACAAUUGUUGUUCUAUCUGUUGUCCUGAUUUUGAUCUCUACUUUCCAAGUGAAUUCAUUGCCUGUCCCUGAUGACUGGACUGGUGUGAUCCUGAGAACAAAGCGGUCCCUGUUGUGGCGCUGGAACAGCCUGAAGGCCGUAGGGGCAAGCUGUCGAGACCACUCUGAGUGUGGCACACAGUUCUGCAGGAAGAAUACAUGUUCCUUUUGGAAAACACCUUGAGAUGGAAACUGCAACAAAAACAACUCCAUCUGGUCCUUGUCCUUAAAUUUGAAUUAUGGGCCGAAGUUACAAGAGCAUAAGUGGAAUGUAGAACCUGGACUUUUUCCUCACAAAGCUGGAACUGGAACUAAACAGCACAGUUGUAAACUGCUUCAACAUUUUGUCUGCUUUAGUGAGGAUGUGAUAUCUGUGUAUUUUUCUUAAGAAAAUAUAAACAAUUCUUACAACAUGCUUUAGAUUUUUUGUACUAUUUAUGCAUCAUGUAAACAUGUAAAUACACCAA